GGGCGCGGCCGUUCCUCCCGGCCGGCGCUGGGGCGGGAGCCAAUGGGAGCGGCGGGGGGCGCGUGCGGUGCCGGGAGCAGCCCUGAGUAGUGCUUGGCCGUGCCCUCGUGAGUGCUCCCUUGGAAAGUGGCGAUGAUCACGUUCAUGAACAAUUCGGACAGCGAGGAGGAGCCCUGCAAUGAGAGAACAUCCCUGAUGUCUGCAGAGAGCCCUCCAGUACCUUCCUACCAGGAUGGCCUGCAAGCCUCAGCAGCAGGGGAAGCACAGGCACAUAGGAAGAGGCGAGCAGGCAGCAGCCGUGGCCCAAACAAUACUGCUGGUGGAGAAAUGUCUGGCUCGGGUAUUCCAGUGAGAGAAAGUGCCCUGGAAAAUGAAGAGGAGGAACUGACUCUGAAAUAUGGAGCAAAGCAUGUAAUCAUGCUCUUUGUGCCUGUCACCCUUUGUAUGAUUGUUGUCGUCGCCACCAUAAAGUCAGUGCGCUUCUAUACGGAGAAAAACGGGCAGCUGAUCUACACCCCUUUCAGUGAGGACACCCCAUCUGUGGGCCAGCGUCUCUUGAACUCGGUGUUGAACACCAUCGUAAUGAUCAGUGUCAUCAUUGUAAUGACCGUGUUCCUAGUGCUGCUCUAUAAAUAUCGCUGCUACAAGUUCAUCCAUGGCUGGCUGAUCCUGUCCUCCUUGAUGCUGCUCUUCCUCUUUACCUACAUAUACCUCGGUGAAGUAUUGAAGACAUACAACGUGGCCAUGGAUUAUCCCACUCUGUUCAUAGUCAUCUGGAAUUUUGGAGCUGUUGGAAUGAUUUGCAUCCACUGGAAAGGUCCCUUGCAGCUCCAGCAAGCUUAUCUUAUUAUGAUCAGUGCUCUAAUGGCAUUGGUGUUCAUUAAAUAUCUACCUGAGUGGUCAGCAUGGGUGAUUCUAGGUGCAAUCUCCAUCUAUGAUCUGAUGGCUGUUCUCUGUCCCAAGGGGCCACUGAGAAUGCUGGUAGAAACUGCACAGGAGAGAAAUGAGCCCAUUUUCCCUGCAUUAAUAUAUUCAUCUGCUAUGAUGUGGACAGUUGGAAUGGCAAAGCCAGACACAGCAGCAAGAGGACAGAGCCAGCAGACAUGGGAUGCAGCUGAGGAUGGGAGAGAACACCUCAGGAGCCCUUCACAUGCAGAGUCUCAGAUGUCAGAGACGAGGAGUCCUGUUCCAACCCACCCCAUCACUUCUUUAGAGGAGCUCGAGGAGGAGGAAAGGGGUGUGAAGCUGGGCCUUGGAGACUUCAUAUUUUACAGUGUGCUUGUUGGGAAAGCAGCUGCCACAGCUAGUGGAGACUGGAAUACCACACUGGCCUGCUUUGUAGCCAUUCUCAUAGGUUUAUGCCUAACACUUUUACUACUGGCUGUUUUUAAGAAAGCACUGCCUGCUCUUCCCAUCUCCAUCACCUUUGGCUUGAUCUUCUACUUCUCGACAGACAACCUUGUGCGACCAUUCAUGGACACCCUGGCCUCCCACCAGCUGUAUAUUUAGAAGUGGGAGUUAGAGGAUUCUUUUUCAAGCUUUGCUGUGAAGUAUGGUACAAUGUUUGGAAUAGGUCAUAAAGUUUUUACACUUAGUGCCAUAUAUUUGUAAGGAAAACACUAAUUCCGUGACAUGCUGUGUACUAAAAACCUAAUAGUUACGUGUUGAACUGAGAUUUUUCACAGGACUCUUGGUGAAAAGCCUGGCUCUUUGCUGAUGUCAGAGUGUUACUUUUAUUUUAUUUGAUGUGCACAGUGGCUGUUAUGAGCCCAGAAACCUGUAUGUAGCAUGGAACACUGGAGAGGUGAGAGGUCUGAUCUUCCAGGGGCUAAGUAAGGUGUUUAGCCCUGAAACUGCAGUCAUCUUUAACCAUACUCUAGAAUUUCUAAGUCUUCACACAUUUGAGUGCAGUACAAACAAGAGGUGCAAGUGAUUGGAAAAGCACAGCUGGCAGCAUGCACAGAGUAAUGUGUGAGCCAUUAGAGAAGUGAGGUUGAACUUCCUACGUUGGCUGCUGUGCACACAGCACCUGCUGGAAUUGCCCCAAAGGCCCAUUUAUUCUGACCUUAGUUAGACAUAGUGAGCCAAGAGGGAUCCAGACAGGAUGUCAGUGGUGGGAUGUGUGAACAUCAGGCUCCUGGCUUUGAGCACAUCCACCACUGCAGCAAGCAGCUGAUGAAGGCAGGACUGCCCCUUCCAGUGCAUCAGAUCCUCAGCGUGUGGAAACAGAUACUGCUCUCUCCUCCCAAUGCUUUAUUUCUUAGGAAAUAUAUUUCUGGGUUCCAUACUACAAUCCUGAAAUGACCCUAAGGUGGAAAUGACUGAACAACUCCAGUAAAUCAGACCUGUAACUUACUGUGUGUGUUUCUGGUCUCAUUUCUGUGCAUUGUUGUAACUACUCCAAAGGAGGAUUUACCUUCCCUUUUUUAAGAGGUCCUCUCUUACACUGACUGAGACUUGGUUUACCUAGGUUUUUGUACUGUUUAAAGAUUAUUUGUUUAAUUACAAUUUUAAAAAUAGCUAUUUAGUGUUAAAGGGACUCUUUUGGAAAUAUCCAGUCAUAGUUUAUAUCAAAAUAUUGGGGUGCAAACUUCAAUCUCUUGUUACAUUACUUUUAGGAAUAGCUAUACACCCUCAAGUGAGUUCAUUAAGAAAAUCACAAUGCUUGAUGCUGUGAUUAAGAAAAUCAUAGUGCUUGAUAUCAGUAAAAAAAUACAUAGGACAGACUGAACCUUUAUGUUUUGUCCACUCUUGAAAAUAAUUUUAUUUCUACUCUUUGAGUCAGUUUUUCAAUAGUUGCCAAAGUUCUGUGAUUUUUUUCUUUUCUUUUUACUUGUGUCUGUUACUCAAACAAACUCAGUUUUCUUUGACAGCUGAUCAGUGUCAGUAAAUGUAACAUGCAAGAUUUCAUGAAUAAUGCAAUGUCAUUGAGAGACAUAGAAUUUAAUUUCUGGAAAUACUUUUUAGCUAAGGCUUUGAAUUACACAUUUUUUAUGUAGUGCUUUUUCCAGUAGACCUGUUCAAGCUCAUCUGCUUUGAUAUUUAACAAGAACAUCACACAGGUGAUUCAGACUAAUUUUUAAAAAGUGCAUAUGGGUUUUUACAAGGGGUGUGUGUAUGUGUAUAUGUGUGUGUGUGUGUUUCAGUCUCAGUCUGGACAAGUCAGUAACUCUUGGUCUUUGUUAGUUUCCCGUCCUCAUUUCUCACAUUUGCAAUGUUUGGACUUAACAACUGCAGACAGUUAACUGUUACUAAAAGAUAUUUCCUUUGGAAAUGUAAAUCAGUAGAGCUUUGUUUGCUGAUUUUUAAGCUUUAUGUGAGAAUUGCUUUUUCUAAUUGUUUGUGUUUGUUUUUUCAAUGAAAACAGUUAUGGGGCCAAAACAGACUAGAAUCACUGGGAAACAUGAUUUUACUUUUUGCACUGCAUGGUGUAGAAAGGAUGUGUGUUAUUUGUAUAUACUGAAAGAAAAAUCCUGCUUGGCUUCUCAGGGUUGUAGCUUAUUGUUAGAAACUAUUUCUAUGAAAGCAGAGUUGAUACUUGAAGAAACUGGGAGGGGAAUCUUCACACAUUGAAGGAUCACCACUGGUUUUCUGCAGAUACCUGCUUGCCAAAGACUGGCCUUCCACUGACCAAUUCUGCAGAACUUAAAAGAAUUUUAAUUUAAAAGGUAACGGAGCAAGAGAUUCUGGCAGUGCAACAGAAUGUAUUGUCCUGAUGAGUGAUAGGAGUAUAUGGAUAUACUGGAGUGGUUGUAAUUGUGUACAAGUUCAUAUGUAUUUGUUACAAAUAUAUAUUUGUGUUUGUGUGUGCAUAUACACACAGACACACAAAUUUUAAAAUUA